AUGGCAGCUUGCAAACCAGGUUACUAUGGCAACGCCUGUGUGACCCGUUGUCCUUUUAACUGCCUGCCUAACGCCAAUGAUAAUUUAGUUCGCUGCGACUUCACUUCCGGAACUUGUACAGAAGGAUGCAUCGACGGACGGUUUGGACCCAUGUGCGAGCGCCAGUGCAAUCAGACCUGUGCCGGAAGUGCAAAGCGCUGCCAGAGAGACGGCGUGUGUAGCGACGGUUGCAUUAAUGGUUACUAUGGGGACUAUUGUCAGCACGCGUGCGCGGAUACCUGCACGGAUAAUACGUGCGACCGGAAGUCAGGCAUCUGCGCGGACUGUCUACAGGAUCGCACGCCCCUCUGCCGCGACGCAGGUAUGGUAUCCGAAACCGGAAUUAUGGUUAACCUAUCACGACACCCGCACCUUCGCCCAUGA